AUGAAACUUGACGUUAGUGAGAUAUUUCGAAACUACGACCAGAGGAAAGCCAUUGAACAUAUCGAGAAUCUGCGCAACGACAUCAGAAGCAAGGAAGAGUCCAUAAAAACAUUUUUGAAAGAAAAAAGCAGCCAGGUGAUUGACAAUACUAUCAAGAUUAAAAGUGUGUAUGCCAGUGUGGACAAAAUAACAUGCCACUUGGAAGACAUCAUUUGCGCUUACAAUGAUUUAAUCGGUGGCGUUAGAAACACAGCGUCGGUGAAUUUUGGAGAGCCAUCAAUGCACACAGAAAAAUUCGGAGAAUCAGAAAAGGAGAUCAUAAAAGAGGUGUGGAAAAGAAAAUGCGACAGUUACGAUUUUUUAUUUCAAAGUUGCCAUUUGGGAAGAAGCACAGGAGAGGGGAAAAAUCCCCCCUGUGAAGAUGCGUACCAUAUUGUAAAAACGGAAAAGGAGGAACUACUGAAUUACGACUGCUUCUACCUUAACAACUAUAUCAACCAUGUAUAUGUUGACGUGAAUAAAAAAAUGAGCGAAGAAAACUACUCAUUUGUGCUGAAUAAAUUAUACACAGAUAUAUUUCUCUGCAUCAAGGUCCUCAGCUCUUUACUCAAAAAUGAAAAAAUUAAAAACAUUUACAUUAACAUGUUUAAUAGCAACAGGUCCGUUUUGUACUUAAAUACGUAUGUAAAGAAACACAAGGAAAAUUUCUGUGAUAUUCUCUUGAAGCUGAUAUAUGCCUCUUACCACAAUUUGGCAUACAACUUCUCCUGUAAAAUGGACAGCAUUCCCCAGUCAGUAAUCGUCUUGUUGCUUUUUUACAACAAACAGAAUUGCCAAAUCGUGGAAAUUGUAAAAGACGAUUUGUUCAAGGAAAUUCUCAACGCGAGAAUAAAUUUGUUACACAACUUUGUGCACAGAGGGAGCCACGUAGAGGAUGAGGCUCUACCCCUCCACAAGAUAAAAGCGUUAUUUUUGCAAAUUACUUAUCUGGUUUUGCACACCAAAUAUAUGAUCCUUCUUCUGAUCGAUGUGAGUAAUGAGCGCUUCCGCCAAGGGGUGAAGGACGGUCAGGUUAGCGGUCUCGAAGAGGGAUGUCCCGUGGAGUGGGAAGAUAAAACUGCACAGACUUAUGACGACCACGCCAGUGGGAACGACGCAACGGACACGGAGGAAAACCUCUUCUUGCGAAGAAUGCAGAUGGAUCUGUUCAUCCUGCAGAAUAUACCUCAUGAAAAGGCAAAGAAAAACAAGCAGUAUUUCAAUUAUGCCAUAAAUAGCAUGGAAGAAAUAAAGAAGACGCUGAACGAAGGAAUCGCUGAGAAGUUCAGCUUACUACAAAAAACGUAUGUCCAAUUUGCGCGCCGCACUUAUGACUAUAUGAUCCACCUUCUACAUGUCUACUAUUGCAAAAAUGAUUACAGCGUAACAUGCGGCCAGUUGUUCACAGAGUAUGCAAAUAUAAACAGAUUGUACAACAAAAUGAAGGGUAAAAUCCAAAUGAAAGAAAAGUACUAUCGCAAAUAUAUUAAAGAUGUUGAUUUUUACCUGAAUAAUAAUUAUCUGCAUGCUAUUCAUGAUGAAGUUUUCCAGAUUUUUUUUUUCCUUUUUUUUAACAAAUUUGUGUGUGCAAUUCCCUUUUUUGAUCAAAAUCCAGUUGAUAAGUGGAAGCUCGUAAUGACGAAAUUUUUCCACAAUUUGUUUUGCAACAUCUCCAUUUCUUAUGAGAGAAAUUGCGAAAUUAGAGAUUGGGUGUUUUAUUCCUUCCUGCUGAAUUCAUUUUAUUACUACUGGGAAUUUUUUUCCAUCGAUUUGGAUGGCAUAUAUGCGCAAUUUUACAAUGUGGACAGGGAGUUAACUGAAGACCAACAUAUAAGAAAAAAUGAUCACAAAGAAUCGACAGAGCGUGUACAAGCGGGGGGAAACUUAUCCAGAGAGGGACAUUUUCAUAAUGGCUUUAAAAAAAUUUUAAAAGAAAAAAUUCACCCCCUUAUAUUUUCAGCCUACAAGCUGAUUAUCUUCAUAGAGACGAAAGAGAUUAACCACAGCGCGAAUGCGGACUUUCUCUUUGUAGAACAAGGCGCACAUGAUGCUGCGGAUUUUUUCACAAUGUUCGACUCGUUUAUGAGUAUUCUGAAGAGCCACACUAGGGAAGGGGCAUACGCCAGAGAGAAUGCAAAUGGGAACGCCAUCGUGCAGGGAGAACCAACUUCCAUUCGUAGUUGCGGAAGUGAUGUCAAAAAGGAGAGCAGCAAUUGUACUUCAAAUAGGUGCUCUAAUCUGGUAUGCUUCUUAAAAGUGCCGCAGGGGGAGGAUCCUACCCACGUGGAAAACACCCCAAUGAGGAAGUGUCCAAAUGAUGAAGCCACCAUGCGUGACAAUAACGUGGAUUGCAAAACGGUGAACCUCGAGCAGGAAGAACAGAAUGGCAUGGUGAAAGGAACGGGACCACCUCACAGUGAGAGCAUGCCGAAUUGCGGUGAUCAAAUCGGAGAGACAGAAAACUCGGAGGAGGAAGAAUAUAAGGAGCUCCGUCUCUACGUCAACCUGCUUAGGCAUAACGAUAAGCGCGCGUGGACCCAUUUCCUGAGUGCCCACGAUGGCAUCGAUGAGGCAGUAGCGGACGACUCCGAGGGGGAGUCCAAUUUCUCCCUCAAUGAUUUAAAGGGCAUUUUUCUACACAUAGUGUACAAAAUAUUGAAGACAUCUCUGAAAUGCUUCUGUGUGGAGUACCUGGACAAUCUGGAGGAGCAUUUGCAUUUCUAUCUGAACAUGUUAAUAAAUAAUGAUAUAAAAAAUAUUUUAUGCGAAAAAAUGAAUGGCCAUUUGGUGAAUAUUUUCUCCUUUUCCAACCUCUUUAUCCUCUACGUUGAAAGGUUAUGCAAAACGGAUAUGUAUCGAAGCAUAGUUAUCUUCCUCGUAAAAACUGCGCUACAGAAGGAGGUAUACAAAAUAUAUGCGCAAUUUAUUUGCCUCGUGAAGGAAGUGUAUUCUUCCCAGUAUGCACAAUCGAAUGAAAAGAAUAAAACGCUUUUAAAUGAGAAAGUAACCCAAUUGUAUAACAUUAUUUUGUUGGACUUAUCAUUUUGUGCAUAUAUUUUGGACAAUAAUAAUAUCAUACACAAGUCCACGUAUGAUGAUCUGAUGCGGCGGUAUAGAAACUACGAAAGGUAUUACAUCAAGUCCUGCCUUUAUUUUGUUCACAUUUAUAAAGAAAAAUAUAACGUGUAUAGUGAAAAUAUGAUUGAAUGCAAUACGGGAAGGCACCCAUUUUGGGAAAAGCUAAACGAAAAAGACGCGGAAAAGAAGAAAAAAAAAAAUGCAGAAAUGUACGCCUUCAAAUAUUUAAUUGAUAACAUUUUGACGGAACUCAAUAAUUUAGAUAAUCUUAAUGGAAUUAUUUUCCAGAAACAUAUACGCCUCUUAGCUCAGAAUGUGAUAUGCGACUCCUACUUAUUAUAUUACUUAUUUGUCGAGGGACCCACCAUUAAUAACCUUUUGGACAAUGUGCAGACGGACACAAAAACGAGUUCUUUGGAGAUUUUCCAUUUUAAUCAAGUCAGCUCCAUUGACGACAAUUCGAUUGAGGACAAUUUGUUGAAGUUUUUUUUUUAA